GCAUCUUGGAGUUGAAGCAAGCAUCAAAUAUAUCAUGUGCCACUUCCAUUGGAAUUUUCUUAGGCUUUCUACCCAGUACCAAUCAAGAAGGACUCCUGAAAGAAGUUGGAACUAAUAAACUUAACUCCUUGAUGGCAGGUUCACUACUCUGGAGAUCUUGGUGACAGUUGCUGACUCACUGGAAUUAGGAAUUUCAGCAAUGUCAUUUUUUUUCGGGAAAUCUGAUUGGAGGUCUGUUAACAGCGUCAACCUGGCCGAUGAAGCAACAUAAGUAGCUGGAGUGAGGGUGAGAACUCUCAUCCAGCUCGCUUGUUGUACUAGGCUGCGGCAGUGCGGCGGGUCGAGAUCGUCUGUAGUAGUGCAUGGUGCACUAGUGCAGAUGACGUGUGGGGUCGGGUCCACUGCACCCACGCCUCUUUGACAAUGCAAAGCUCUUUCCGCUGAUCUGCUCUUCUGCAGGUACACCAUCUUUCUGCUGAUCUGCAGAUGACGUGUGGCUAAUGAAAAAAAAAAAGGACUGCAUACACACGCUGCAUUCCCAGCCCGUCACGGCCCAGAAGACCUAGGCCCAACCGCGUUUCUGUAGUCAACUCCUUGCCGGGAACGGAAACGCGUACCAAGUCCAGCACGAACUUUCCUUGCCAUGGCACGCGCUUUUUACCUCCACCGUCCGAAUCGGAAAGAGGACACAUCACCACCUACCCUGGCCUGGCCAUAUAUAAUGACGGCCUUCCCCUCCCCGCCCACGAGUUUGUUUGUUACCCUUCGCGACCUCGCGGACAGCAGCAGCAGAAGAAAAAAAAGAGAUUCCCCCCGCGUUCGCUCUCCGGAAUCCUCCCGCCGCCGCCGCCGCAGUUUAUGGAUUUCGGAAGGAACGCUGCAGCCCGGACUUGUGAAGCGAAGAGCAGCGUCUCCCCCCGCCCCUCCGGUCUGCCCUUCUCACCGGCGCCCUCCACGCCGUGGUUCCGUGAGCUCUGGGUCAACGCCCCCAAAUAACAACACCCUUUUGCAGAGGUGGAAAUUGGUGGAUUUCUUGAUUGGUUGAAGGAAGUAAAACGAAGGGGACCCACUACCCAGCAUCCUUCCGGCGAGCGUUGGGGUCUUAUCUAUUUAAGCUAAAACAAGGCCAUUCAUUGGCUGUCAACUGUAAACAUGUAUAGACCGAAGAUCCCCAAUUCGGGGUGGGCUGCUUUCGAUCGCAGGUUGCGUGGCACAGCUGAUGGAAGGGAUGAUGUUGAUGUCAACUCAUUUCCUGCUCUCUCGGGGUCUAGAGGCUUCAGUUCUGCCAGCAGCUCAGCUAUAGAAAAUAAUAAUAUUCCAAAGGCAAAGCCUUUUGCAUCAGUGAUUCGCCCCCCUGUUGAAUUUGCAGUUGUUGGUAAGGAAAACGGAAAUAAGCAUUUGACUGAUCACACGGUGCGAACAAAUUUUGGUGUAAACUCUUCAUCUGAUAACAAAAUUAAGCUCCUGAAGGAUGCUCAUAGUUGGGCUGACAGUAACUUAAUUGAGGACAUAUUGGCUGGCGUGGAUAAUGAUGUUGGCCAAGCAUCUGUUUUGCUGAAAUCCAUGGUCGCUCCUGACUUUCUGCCAAAGGAGAGUAGAACAACUGUUCAACCAGCUUUUGAGAUGAAUAAAGCACAUGGUUCAGUGUCAGGAUACGCUAUAGCAGAGAAUAAACAUUCAAAUGAAUCACAAUUGUUGCCACUGCAAAUGAAUGUAAUCUCUAUACCCCAGGAACCUGAAUUAGAAGAGUUUGAUGAUGAUUACUUAAACCACCGGAAAGAUGCAUUGAAGAUGAUGAGGGCUGCCACAAAGCAUUCUCAGGCUGCCAGCAAUGCAUUCUUCAGAGGGGACCAUGCUGCUGCCAAGGAACUCUCCCUCAGAGCUCAAGAAGAGCGGUCGGCUGCUGAAAAGUUAAAUAAUAACGCAGCAGAAGAAAUAUUUCACCUCAGGAACAGCAAUAAUAACAUUUGGAAGAUAGACAUGCAUGGUCUACAUGCAUCAGAGGCGGUAACUGCAUUGGAGAGGCAUCUGCACAUGUUAGAGUUCCAGCCACCAGGGAAUAAUCCAGCUUCAACUGAUGAAUUAUAUAAGUCUGAAUCCACAAUUGCUGUCCGAAAUGAGGUUGCACCGGAGAAGGUGGUGGUGUUUCUUCGCCCUAGACAGUCUGUCUUAGAGGUGAUCACAGGGAUUGGCAGGCACAGCAAAGGACAGGCUUCACUGCCUGUUGCAGUUAGGGGCUUCCUUAUUGAAAAUGGAUAUCGAUUUGAGGAGCUGAGGCCUGGUGUUUUCUCUGUUCGUCCUAAAUUUCGCCGCGGGUAAACCUGUGAAGUCUGAACCAUUAUCAAGUUCUGUUGUUCGGCGAAUAAAUUUCUAUGAAAUGUGCUGUCAACGAAAUAAAAUAUAGAAAUUUGGGCAACUCGUAGUUCAUGUAUAUUGAAUGUGGGAACUAGGCCGACCAGUUGGCUAGUGCUGCGCGACCAGCCUGCCACCCGUGUUCGAGCCUUGUGCUCCGCAGGAUAUGUUCCUGGUUUAUUCUGAAUAAAAUGUAACAAGUUUUACAGAUACUAAUAUUAUUGUGUAGCCACCUGACAAGACAUGCAUAACUGUAUGUAACUGUACAGGAUGACAAUAAUGGUCACAGUGUAUUAUUAUUUGCUUACUGCUGAA